CUCUCGUACUUUCACAUGAACAGUUCCAAUAUGGCGUCUGUUAGUCAGAGUGACACAUCUCUCUGGCUUCACAACAAAUUAGGAACUUCUAAUGACUCCUGGACGGGUGGAUCUAUUGUAUCUCAGUUGAACCCUGAUAUAUUAGUCAAAAUCAAACAUUGCUUCCAGGAUUUGCAGCCCCAGGUCAAGUUAAAGUUAUUACUCUCCUUCUUCCACAUAUCACGGAGAAAUCUGGAACUAUGGCGGGCUCAGCUAGAAACUAUACUAGAAGUUGCACUCAGAGAUUCAGAACCAUGGGUUUCUAUGCUAGCAGAGCUUAUGAAAACUUUCCCCGCAACAGGUCAGUUGAACCCCGACGUGAUAGUCCCGGAGGGGAACAGGAAGAUCUAUAUGGAUCUUCUCUCCGACCUGAAGAAGAAGGUUGUGAAGAAGCACGGAGAACCCAACGAUAUCAUACUCCCUCUUGAGUGUCACUACCUCAACAAGAACGCUUUUAUCUCUGUAGUUGGUCAUCAACCUCAGCCAAGUAAACAUUUUCACCUGAAACGAAAACCAAAAGCUGCCGCGCUCAAGGCAGAUCUUAUGCAGAAGUCACAAGAAGCUGCCAAUAAAGUCAAACUUUCCAGUUCAUCCGCCUUCCCUUCAAGGAUCAGAACAAUGCCAAAGAAGAUGUCGGAUACUACUCCUAUGAAAGGAUUACCUUCCCGUCCUCUACACAACAGUGGUUUCCGACCACCUAGAGUAUCUCUUCCAAACCGCCAAACCUCGAAGAAAGAAGGUGGAGUAAAACUUUUAGAUAUCACGGAGCAGCCGAUGGGCUACACUGCUGCUAAAAAGAGGAAGCGGCAGCAGGAUAUCGAGGAUGCUAAGAAAGCAGCAGAAGAAGCUACUGCUGCUGCUCAGAUCAAGAGCGAGAAUAUUAACCCCAACCCUACUCCCGACUAUGCAGCAAACCUUGCUGGAAGUUUGCAUCAAAGUGCAGUUCCUCCGCCUGCCUAUGUUCCGCCGACACCCCAGGCUCCUGCUGCUCCGCCUCCAGUCUACGCCCCCAUCCCCUCCGUCACCCUACCUCUCGCCACUCCACAGAACGCUCUACCUGGAGCCCCGGUGACAAUCAACCUUCCUACUACACCUCUACCCCAGAUAACCGCCGGAACCCGCCUUGUCCAGCUGCCUACCCAACCCCUACCCCAGGUUAGAAUGGCCGGGAUUCAAGGAAAUUUUAACUCCAUAAACCUGAACCAGGGUCUAGUGACGGGAUUGAACCAGAAUAUAACUGCUACAAGGACGGUGGUUCAACCUCAGCAUAUAAUCAUGCAACAGCCUAGGCAAACCUUUCUACAGGCUCAACCACAUCAACAGAUACUCAGACAGCCUGCGGUUCAGACGAUCCAAGCUCCGGUAGCAACCCAACCUGGACAAAGACGAAACCUUUCUCUAACCCGGGAACAGAUGUUGGAAGCUCAGGAGAUGUUUAGAACUGCCAAUAAAGUUACAAGACCGGAGAAAGCGCUCAUUCUUGGUUUCAUGGCAGGAUCUAGGGAUAAUCCGUGUCCUCAUCUGGGUAGUAUAGUAACCAUCAAGCUUAGUGAGAACCAGGAGAAUGUUCCACAGAAUGAUAAUACCUACCUCACCAUGAUUGUAGAAACUCAUUUUCAGAUGAAUUACAAUACUGGAGAAUGGAAACGAAUCAAGAAAUAUCGUCGGCUGGAGGACUUGAUGCAAUAGACGAAUUCUCUCUGCUCCUAGAUCUCCUCAACCCGUCCUGCACGGGUAUCCUCUGCUAUAUGUGAUAUGUAAACUGUAUCUCAGCUUGGUACAAUAUUCAACCUGUCAGUCUUGAAACACCCCAUCUGUUUUUAUAUUUGUUUUUGUUUCUUGAACACCCUAUUUUACAGGGUUUGUACCGUUGAUAUAUAUAUCCCAACCUCUCGUUCUUGUAACCCGGCCAUAAUGUUAAAAUUGAAAGAAUCGGUGCUGCAAAUCUUUGAAAUUGAAAUACAGUAUAAAUGUUA